UAUAAGUUUAUAAUUAUUUUUAUGGGCAAUUGUUUGUAAAUACAAAGUGCCGGGUCUAUCAAUCACUUUAAUUUUAAAAAUAUCACUCCAUCAAUAUGAGUAAAAAAGAUAACGAAGCUGAAGACACGGUUUUAGAGUUUAUAAACAAACAUAAUAGACCAUAUAGUGCCACAGAUAUUAGCAAUUUUAUGCAAAAAGAUUUUGGUAAAACCGCAAUAAUUAGAGCUUUAGAUAAUCUCGUUAAUAAAAAAUUAAUAAUUGAAAAAUUAUAUGGCAAGCAAAAGGUUUUCAUGCCUGAUCAAGAGAAACUGCCUGUCGUUCAGGAUUCUGAAUUAAAAACUUUAGACAUCCAAAUUAAUGAAUUGUCAGAAAAACUUAAGGAUUCUAAAAAUGAAAUGAAAUUGCUAGAAAGCCAAUUGAAAAAUUUUGAGACCAGCUUAUCCAUAGCAGAAGCUAGGGUUUUAUUUGAUAAAACUGAAAAAGAAAGAACUGAAUUAAAUUCAAAAUUGGAAUCUAUCAAAUCAAACGAAGUAAUAAUAACAGUGGAAGAAAGAACAAAGACAUUUCAAGAUUAUGAAAGAGUAUUAAAAGAAUUUAAAAAACGCAAAAGAAUAGUGAAUGAGAUAUUAGACACAAUAUUAGAAAAUUAUCCCAAAAAUAAAAAACAAUUAUUGGAAGAAAUUGGUAUUGAAGAGCAACCUAAUCCACUUGAAGGCAAAUAAUUCGUUCUGUUUUUUUUUGUUCAAACAUGAAUUCAUAGUAUUGUAAAUAAAUCACAAGUAUUAAAAUUUCCUAACUAUAUCCUUAUCUCAUGUGAUAUUUGUCUUUAAAAUAAAAUAUGAAUUUAUUGUAGAAUAUAAAAUUGUAAAUUAAUUGUUCAAUUUAUUAUAAAAUUUAUAAAUUGUACGAAAA